GGGGUGGAGCACUGGAGGCUGCACGGACCCCGGAGCCCUUGGGCGGGGCUGCGGACAGAGUGGGGUGGCGUGGCGCAGCGUAUUGAGCUGGCUCUGCAGCAGGUGAGCGGUGAGCCAGGCCAAUGGCGGUGACUGCGGCCCUUUCUGCUGCUGCGGCAGCGGCGGCCCUGUCUGGCCUGGCAGUGCGACUGUCGCGUUGGGCGGCGACACGCAGCUCCUACGGUGCGUUCUGCAAGGGGCUCACGCGCACGCUACUCACCUUCUUCGACCUAGCCUGGCGCCUGCGCGUGAACUUCCCCUACUUCUACAUGGUGGCCUCUGUGAUGCUCAACGUCCGCCUGCAGGUGCGGAUCGAGUGAGCAAACGCCCUCCGCCACGGCGGAGAGGGCCAUCCGCGCCUUCCGCGCCAUCCUGGCGGCCGCAGGAAGGACAGCGGGGCGCACAGUGCCUCCAGACUGCGGCGGUGGGCGCAGGCGGCACGGCCCGGGCCCCUCCAUUUUAGGUCUCUGCGAAAGGCCUGAGAAACCGCAUCCCACACCGCAAAAACCUUCACAACCCAGUCCUUUUCCUCUGCAUCCAGAGAAUCACCAGUCUGGCAAACCUGUUGCCUCCCCAUUGGCCAAAAGCGGGAGAGCCCAAAAGAGGGGAUGCUACUACCACAGGACUUGAUUUACCAGGCUCUGUGUCUGAAGGCAUUGGUCUUCUGGGUGAUGGCUCAGCCCUUCAUUGAACAUUUCAACUCAGAUCCUAGAGGUACCAUUGUUUCUGUAGCAGCACGGCUAGCAGCUGAGUGAAGAGCCUGCCUAGAAGAAGAAGAAGAAGAAGAAGAAGAAGAAGAAGAAGAAGAAGAAGAAGAAGAAGAAGAAGAAGAAGAAGAAGAAGAAGAAGAAGAGCCUUUCUGGUGAGCCCAGAGGGGUGAGGUGGCUCAGGUCACCUGGUCCCUCCACAGAAAAGGGUGGACACUUGGACACUGAUGUCUCCUGGCAACACUGUGAGGGAGAUGUGUUCUUCCACCUCAUGAACUCCAUGGGGCUCAAGGAAGUGCCUGGGGUUUGCCCUUGUUACACAGAGAAGAGAGCUCAGCCUGCCCUGGACCGGCAUUCCUCCACCCUUUCUGCAGUUUCUUCAUGACCUGGCAGGACAUUGGGGUUGGGAGGGAGUGGAGAACUACCAAGGGACCUAGGGAGAAAGAGGGGGCAUGAGAUAGACGAGCUAGGCAUCUGCAUUUCCUUGGGGUGGUCUGGAAGACAGGUGAACAGUUGAUUUCAUAAACAGAGGGGAAGAUUCAAGAAUUUCCUAAAAUGUCUAGUCCCCUACCAGAACCAAGCCCCCCACUUCUCUGGUGCUUGACCAAGGGCUCCUGAGCACUUGUGUGCUAGCAAACUGCAGUGAGGAUGGCAUUGUGGUUUAUAGGGUCAUGACGUCACUGGAAGGUUGAGGAGAUGUGGGCUGAGACCCAUGCUAUGGCCCUGUUUCUCUGUUCCCAGGCUUGCAGGCCUGUCCCUGGCAUCACAUGGGAAACCUCAUCCAGAUAAGCUGGGGACAGCCUGUCCAGGAGUCCCUAUGUAGACUAGAAGUUGUGAUCUCUAAAUGCCCAAGGAUGGCCCAAGGGAUACUUUUACUUCUUAUCCCACACUCCCCCAGCUCCUCUGGCACUGGUAUCUCAAGGUCUAUGCAUUCCAUCCCUGAUACGGAAACCUUCAGCAUGUCAGCCAGCCCCAGGGACAGAGUGGCCCAACUGCCCACUCAGAGUCAGGGACCCAGAUGGAGAUCUCAGUUUGUCUCCCCCAAAGGGUACAAGCUGAAAGGUGGCUGCCACAUGGCCUCUGCUACUCACCAUAGGGCAGGACUGAUGACCUCCUUCUCCCAAGUUUCACCGGUAGUCCACGUAUGUAUGUUGGAAUGUGUGUGUGCGUGUGGGCUUGUAUGUAAAUGUGUGUGAUGGGGGUGGAUCCGUUGGGUAGGGAGAGAAGCUCCUGAGAAUCCCCUGUGUUCCAAGUACAAGAAGGAUCACGUGGACUACUGGGAGAAAUGAGUAUGAGGUCCGAGGCCCCUUCCUCUUAGACCUCACACUACAGGGAAGCCCUUCCCUGGCCAUGCUCAGGCAUGGGCUAUGGUGUGAGAUCAGAGACACUGAUAUUAGGUAGACUUUGGGGCCAGUGGUGUCAGCCAGGACAGGGCAGAGCUAGGACUCAGCAGUGAGUUCAUGUCCCAUUCUGGUCCUGAUUAGUCUGUGGGCUUCUGCUUUCCCAUCCCCUCGNCUACUUUUGGUCUUCCAUGGUGCCCUCGCUGUAUGAUAUCAAGGUACACGCUAUUUGCAGUCUGUACUGCAGGCAGGCAGGCAGUGGAGCUUCAACAAAUUCAGACUUAACCUGGAUGACCUAACAUCCUCAUGUUUACAUUUCCAUGUGCGAUGGGACUCUGCAUGGUCAGCGCUGUCUGGUCAGAGAUGUGAUUUUUNAAGUUGUCACAUGUUGUUUUCUCCCAAAGGUAAAAGAAAAUCUGUCCACCGAA